AUGGAGUGGUGCAGACAACGGUCACUCUGGGAUCAGGAAUGGAACAGUAUUGUCUUUAGUGACGAGUCUCGAUUUUGUUUAGGCAUGCACGAUGGUCGUGCCAGGGUUAGAAAGCGACGUGGUGAAAGGAGGAACCCACAGUUUUUUGUUGAAAGACAUGUUCAUGACACUGUUGGAGUUAUGGUUUGGGGUGCUAUAGCUUAUGGUUCCAGGUCACCUUUAAUCUUCAUCAGAGGUAACAUGAACGCGCAGCGUUAUAUCCACGAAGUUCUAGAACCCCAUCUUUUACCCUAUCUUGACUCCCUGGCAUAUCCAACUUUCCAACUAGAUAAUGCCCGACCACAUGUUGCAAGAGUCACAAUAGACUUCUUUCAACAUAAUGAUGUCACAUUGUUACCAUGGCCACCAAGAUCUCCCGACUUAUGCCCAAUUGAGCACGUGUGGGAUAUGAUGGGUAGGAGAUUGCUCAAUUUGCAACAUCCUCCUCAGACUCUAGAAGCACUUCGAGAGGAGUUGGUGGUUGCCUGGAAUGAGAUAACACAGGAGGACAUUGACCACCUGAUCAGAAGCAUGCCUAGGCGCGUUGGAGAAUGCGUAGCACAUCAGGAACAUUUUCGCACCAUAAUUUAUUAUCUUCAGAGACAAUUAGCGCAACAAGAAUGCCUUGCUGAGUUACUGUCUGUUUUCGGCAACGAAGCGCCACAUCAGUCGACAAUUUUCCGUUGGUAUGGAGAAUUGAAACGUGGACGGGUGAGUCUUAGCAACGAUCCCAGGGUGCGUGCACCAAAAACGGCAGUCACCCAGGAAAACGUCGAUGUUGUGCGCAAACUCAACAUUGAACAUAGACAUGUGACAUAUCGUGAGAUUGAGUCGACCAUGAAAAUCUCAAUGGCCUCAAUUCAAAAAAUUUCACACGAAGAAUUAGGAGUAAGAAAAUUAGUUUCUCAGCAGAAAGCAGCCAGGGUCAAUUGGUGUCAAAAAACGCUUGACCGUUUCAAUUCCGGAAACUCAAAAAAUGUGUACAGCAUUGUUGGUGAAAAUAAACGACAGUCGGCUGUUUGGGUGUCCCAAGGUGAAGAAAACCCAACAAAAGUCAUCGGUUCUCGAAGUGUUUCGAAACAGAUGGUCGCGACAUUUGUGUCAAAAGCAACAAUUCCUCUUAAUGAGCAAAGAACACUCCGAAAAAUCAACCCCGAAAGAAGAAUCAUCCUCCACCAAGACAAUGCAAGCUCACACACAGCCCAAAAAACAAGGCAGUAUUUAAUGGAAGAAAACGUGGAAUUAUUGGACCAUCCUCCAUAUAGUCCCGAUCUAAGUCCUAACGAUUUCUUUACUUUCCCGAAAAUUAAAAACAGCCUGCGUGGUCAAAGGUUCCAGUCACGAGAAGAAGCAGUUGACGCAUUCAGAAAUGCCUGGAAUAAGUGCUUCGAAAAUUGGUUCGAGCGCAUGCAGAUGUGUAUUAAUCUUCGUGGAGAAUACUUCGAAAACAAUAAAAGACCUUGGGAAAAUGCUCCAAGCCACGAGGAGAUGGUUAAUGAACCUGUGCAGGCAGAAUUCUUUCAUAAAGAUUUAGAGGAACAGACCCAAAGAGUAAUCCUAAAUAUGUAUGAUUGUCUGAAAAACGAAAAUCCAGAUUCCUCGCAAAAUCAAAUUUUAAACAGAAUUUGUAUCCUGACAAAAAUCAGUCGGUCUACCAUUUAUCGGGUUAUAAAAAGGGGAGAUGUAGAAGAUAUUCGUCGUAUAAUAUACGGAUUUUAUAAUGAAAAUUUGGUGCCCACGUUGGAAAUGAUACGGGAUAAAUCAAAAGAUUAUCCUGAAGAUUUUUAUAAUUACAAAUGCUUAAACUCACUGCACUGUAUUGUAAAACUGUGUGGUUUUCAAUACAAAAAAUUAGAUAAAAGAAUGGUGAUUAUGGAGUCGUCUCGAAUCGUUGAAUUGCGCCAAGAAUUUUUGCACAAACAGAAAAGAAAUCUGAUUUACCUGGAUUCAACGUGGUAUGAUACCCAUGAUGUUGUGCAGUACGGCUGGGUUGACGACAGCAACAAGUGCAUUUUAAAUGCACCAUGCAACCGUGGAAAACGAAUCAUUAUUCUCCAUGCUGGCAGUGAAAAUGGAUUUAUACCUAAUGCCUUGCUGUUAUCUGCCAAAAAUAUCAAAGAAUCAUGUGCCGACUAUCAUGAGGACAUGACCUCCGACUUAUUUGAAAAGUGGAUAGAGCAGCAGCACAGAAAACAAGACAUUAUUGAUUUUAUGAAGGAUAAGGGAAUGGAAAUACCACAAAAAUCAACCAAAGCCAUAUUAUUGGAUCUUAUUAAAAGACAAAAAUUUGAAAAAGAGUAUGUUGUUGACAAUCUGCUUCAGCAAAAUGGCCAUGAAGUAUUACGUCUACCUCCCUAUUACUGCAUUUUUAACCCGAUUGAUGAAUCGCUAUUGGCCACAAUAAGAGAUGCAGUAUCUCAUAUUGCUGCCACAGACCUAUGGAAGCAGUGUUCUAGGCAUAUUAUUGAAAAAGAAAAUGAAUAUUGCGUUUUGCCUCCUGUAAAUCCCGUUGUAAUUCCUCUACAAGAUGACUCUAGCGACAGCUCCGAAGGCGAGGAUGAUAUAUAA